UGCGACAGACUAAACUCCAAAAGUAUCACCUCAUCUUACUGAGAACUGCAGGUUAAUGGCAAUGUUGAGCAGCCUCAUGGCACUACGCCGACUACAGAGACUUGCUGUUGCUCCUUUGAGUUUCGCCGGUGGUGCAACAACCCAAGUGCUCAGGGAGAUGUCAACUCUGCCACGGGUGUAUGUCACUAGACAGAUCCCACCUGAAGGCCUGAGGAUCCUCCGGGAUUCUGGACAGGUGCACUUUGAGCUGUGGGACUCGGACGACGUCCCUGUGCCGAGGAACGAGCUGCUUCAGAAUGUGAAAGGUGUUGAUGGUCUGCUCUGCGUGCUGACUGAAAAGAUUGAUGCAGAACUGUUGGAUGCUGCAGGCCCAAACCUGAAGGUCCUCAGUACCAUGUCAGUGGGGUUUGAUCAUCUAUCUUUGGAGGAGCUGAAGAAAAGAGGAAUCCGUGUAGGUUACACCCCUGAGGUCCUGACAGAUGCUGUUGCAGAGCUGACUGUAGCUCUGCUGCUUGCAACCUCCAGGAGACUUAUAGAGGCCACUCAUGAAGCUAAGACUGGUGGCUGGGGCACAUGGAGAACUUUGUGGCUGUGUGGAUACGAGCUGGCCAACAGCACUGUGGGAAUUCUCGGUCUUGGAAGGAUCGGUGUGGCUAUCGCAGAGCGGCUGGCACCUUUCAAAGUAAAGAAGUUUAUAUACACAGAUGUGGCUCCUAGACCUGAGUUGGCCAAGGCCAUCAAUGCUGAAUAUGUGUCAUUGGAUGAGCUGGCAAAGCAGUCAGACUUCCUGUCGGUGUGCUGUGCUCUAACACCAGAGACCAAAGAAAUCUGCAACAAGGACCUCUUCGCAAAGAUGAAAAACACCUCCAUCAUCAUCAACACCAGCAGAGGAGGGGUUGUAAAUCAGAAGGACCUGUAUGAAGCUCUGUACACCGGGCAGAUAGCUGGAGCUGGGUUAGACGUCACCGUCCCUGAGCCCCUGCCCACCAGCCACCCGCUGUUUACCCUCAAAAACUGCGUGAUUCUUCCGCAUAUUGCUAGUGCUUCCUACAGCACCCGUAACGCCAUGUCUGCCCUGGCAGCGAACAACCUCCUCCUUGGCCUGCGAGGCCAGCCAAUGAUCAAAGAGCUCAAGCUGUAAGAACAGGCUUGCUCCAGAGGACUUAGGUUUUGGAGAACUACAGGGCUCCAAAUUUUCCAAUGCAAAAGUAUUUCCACUUUUGCCGAUUGGUAGAUUUUUUUUUCCCAUCGGUUUGCUUUUAUAGCAUUGUUCACAUCUGAGAAUGAAACAUUUAACUCAAAUUUCACAAACCAUGAAACACAACCCUGACCCACUCAGGGUCAUGAAUCAAUAUGUCUGGAGCCAUGAGAUCAAGUAACAAAAGUGACAAGCGUAAGAGAUUUUUCAAAGUUUCUCUAUGGUCCUUUAUUUUUUUUGUGGAACAAUUAUUUGUUGCAAAAACACCUUACACCAUUGAAAAGCUCUCGUUUCCCUUCAAAUGGUGCAAAGUUUUUCAUGGCAGCAAGCUAAAUACUCGGCUCCGCUGCUCAACUCACAAAUGGAUUUUCGUUUAAAACGUGGUAGCAUUCAACAGGCUUUUCAACGGGGUAAGAUUUAAUCCAAACUGUAAAAAAAAAAAAAAGAAAUCCCCACAAAUUUCUUUACCUGUGUGCACAGCCAAACAAAGUCGAUGUGUAAUGCUCCAAACCACAGGUUCAGUUUACAACCCUGAUCUCAGAGGCUCUAAAUGCCAAAAAAGCAGUGAAAUGGUCCUUUUCAAAAAUGUGGAAUCAGUGGAUUUUUCUGGCAGUAACUACAGAAAUCGAAAUAUUCACUAAAUCUGGACAAAUACCAAAGUUGUGUUUUAUUAAUGGAAAAAUGAUGAUUAAACAUAAAUAAAUGUAGAAAGCCU